CAAAUUAACUGGGUCAAAAUUUCAAGAUGGCUGAAUAGCUAGAUGUCUCACAUCAGCAUGGCAGUUGUUAUUUUUAUCUAAAUGUCCCAUGAGCAGUACCCUUGCCCCACAUGUUAAUAGAUUAAUUCGAUGCCAAUAGAGUUAAAUCAUACUGUAAUCUAUCUAGUUGUCUUAAAUGGCGUUUACUAGUGGUAAUUCUAGUUCUAAACCAGAUCUCGAUUCUGGUACAUCUACAUCGAAGUCUGUAGAAGCAAAACAAGAUAUGAAACGAUCGACAGCAGCACAGUUCUUUAAUAAAGAUGACGAACAGGACAAGAUGGCAAACACAAAUACUUAUGAUAUAGUGGUUGAAUUGUUGAACAAUGCUGCUGUUAUGCAGAAGUCUGCAGAUAAAAUUGCUAAUUUGCGCAAAGUUCAGGAACUGAUAUUGCAUAAAUCACCAGAUCUACUUGACAACUUUCUGGAUGAAAUGUUGGCAUUUCAAUCGGAUGUGUACAAAGAUGUAAAAAAAUUUGUUAUUGGUUUCAUGGAGGAAGCUUGUAAAAAAGAUUAUGAAUGUUUGCCAAAGGUUAUGGCAUGUAUGUUAAUGCUACUUGGUGACGACGAUGUAAAUGUUCAGAAGAAAGUUAUUCUCACAGUCUCCAGCAUGUUCAAAUUCGCUUUAGCGUGGAUUGGUAAAACAAGAAAAACCAGGCCAGAGAUGAAAGCUGUUUGGCAACAUUUGACUGAGCUGAAAUCCUUACUCUUUGAGUCCCUAGAAUCAACAAAUGACGGCAUCAGAACUCAUGUCGUCAAGUUUUUAGAAGGGCUGUGUCUUGUUUUCUCUAAAAAGACAAUGGAUUCUGAAAUACCAAAGAAAAAUGAGGCUGAUAUGUCUUUAGAUCAAGUGCCAGAGAGCAAUGAAAUUAUUAAAAUUGCAGAUCUGGAAAUAGAAGGAGUCAAAGCAUUCAAUAGUCUUUUACAGUUUCAAAGUUCCCCCCACAUAUCAAGUAUCAAUCUUAUGACUGUGAUGAAUGCUUUAUCCAACAUUGCCAAACAAAGACCCGGUUUCUUUGAUCAAGUUGUUCAGAGCUUUGAAGCUUUACAUGUCAAUCUUCCACCAACUUUGGCCAAAUCCCAAGUUAGCAGUGUUAGGAAAAACUUAAAAACUCAAAUGAUGACCUUAUUAAAGCAUCCUGCCUCUGUAGACUUCAUGCCACAAAUCACAACUUUGUUGACAGAUCUGGGCGCUACACAGUCAGAGAUAAUAAAGAGCACUCCAAGAGAUGCUGAAAGCCGUAAAAGGAAAGCCUUGCCUGAUGUUACUAGUGGUUCAGCCAGCAAAAAGUCCAAACUUUUAGAGGUGGAUGAUGAUGAUGAUGGUCAAACACCCUGGGUUGACAGAAGCAGUAAGAAGCCUAAACCAGAACAUUCACAGAAACAAACAGCUAUAGAUGUGACGGCUGAAGAUAUUCUCCCUCGUUUAACACCACAAAAUGUGGCUGAUUUGGUGCUUUUGAGUAUGGUGAUGCUGCCAGAUGCAAUGCCAGCACUAUUUCAGUCUACGUACACACCUAUAGCUGCUGCUGGCACCCAGGCUCAGAUAAGUCAUAUUGCUAGGUUGCUAGCUACGCAGUUGACUAUGGCUGGCAUGGGCAAAGGUCUAGGUGAACUUCAGUUGCAGGCACUAAAAGAGGAAGCAGCUGAAGCCAAAGCUAGUGAUGAUGAACCGGCCUCACCUAAACAGCUUAUUCAAACUAUAGUUGGUCGACAGAUUGAUGAGGAUACCAUAACCAAAAAACCCAAAAUCAACCAACUUCCUCUCCCGCCAAUGGUGAAAAAAAUCAAACAAUUUCAACUGUCUAGUAUUACCAAAAAACUCAACGAUAACACCACUUUAAUUCUUAUCACUCAAGCCAUUGACAGAAUUCUGCAGGCUGAGAAGGUAGCACUGACAAAUCAUGUUGAUCAUCACAGAACUAAGUUACUGGCCACAUUAACUACACUUCUAGGAGACAGCAGCAAAAACAAUUUACUUGGCUAUAUUUUCAAUGACCUGAGAAUGCGUCAAGAUCUGGCCUUUGCCUGGUUAUAUCAAGAAUAUGCUCAUUGUCAAGGCUACAGUGCUAACCAAAGGACUACAAAGACCAUUGCUAAGAGUGGUUAUGAUGAUUGCUUGCUGAAGCUCCUUGACGGUUUGAUAGAGCUGGAGGAUCAUCAUGGAGACAGCUUAUUUCAUAGGAUACUAUUGGAAGCCCCACUGAUCACAGAUAAUGCUCUGGGCAUUGUCAAGAAGUAUUGCUCUAUGCCUGCCCACACAGAGGCUGGCUUGAAGACAUUAUCUCAACUAAUCAUUCACAGACCAGCUCACAGACUCAAGUUUCUUGACCUUCUUCUAGACUUCACAGCCAGUGAUAAAUUAGAAGUGAGAAACAUUGCAAUCAAGUCAGCCCAAAAACUUCAUGCCAGUGGUAGAAUGCAGACAGAGAUUGAGAGAUACGCCAACUUCCAACUCAAGAGACUGUUGCAACCAAAGCCACCAGCCAAUGCUUUAAAACAAGAUGAUGUUCCUGACACUUGGACAGAGGAACUUAUUAAAGCACACCUUUAUUUACAUUUGGGUCUUUUGCCAUCCAAUCACAAACUUAUCCAUGAGUUAGCUAACAUUUACACAGCUACUAGUGCAGAUAUCAAGCGGACCAUACUGAGAGUACUGGAAGCACCAGUGAAAGGAAUGGGCAUGGAUUCGCCUGAAUUACUGACUUUGGUAGAAAACUGUCCCAAAGGUUCUGAGACUCUAGUAAUGAGGGUCAUCCAUAUACUCACAGAUAAAGCUGUCCCAUCUCCAGAACUUGUUGACAGGAUUAGAGAUCUCUAUCACAAGAGAGUGCCAGAUGUCAGAUUUCUUAUUCCAGUUCUGAAUGGUCUGUCUAAGAAUGAAGUCAUUGAGGCCCUGCCUAAAUUGAUCAAACUGAAUCCAAUGGUUGUCAAGGAAGUGUUUAACCGACUCAUGGGUAGCCAUGUUGUGAACAAUGAGUCUGUGUAUCAUUCACCUCUUACACCUGUUGAACUUUUGGUGGCACUGCACAAUAUUGACCCUGCCAAGUGUGAUAUUAAAACUACUAUUAAAGCUGCCAGCUUGUGUUUUAGUGAAAGGAACAUCUACACACAAGAGGUGCUGGCCAUUGUCCUGCAACAGUUGAUGGAGCAGGACCCUCUGCCAACAUUGCUCAUGAGAACUGUCAUCCAGUCAAUGUCCUUGUAUCCCAGGCUGAUGGGUUUUGUCCUCAACAUCCUGCAGAGACUCAUAGUCAAGAAGGUGUGGAAGCAGAAGAAAGUCUGGGAAGGUUUUAUCCGUUGCUGCCAGAGAGCCAAACCUCAGUCUUUUCAAGUUCUUCUCCAGCUCCCUGCUGCACAGCUGAAGGAUGUAUUUGAGGUUUGUCCAGACCUGAAAGAACCUCUGCUGCAACAUGUUCAAACAUUUACUGAGAAUCAAAAAGCUCACAUUCCCAAAUCAGUAUUGGCUGUUUUAGAAGAAGAAACUGAUCUGUUAUCUGAAGGAGGGAUAGACAGAGGAGACAAGGUGAACAAUGGUAAUGAAUCUGAAUGUGAUGUCCACAAAAUUGAGACCACUUCGGACACGUCCUUGCAAGUGGUCAAAUCUAAUCUGACUGCUGUGAAAACAAUAGAGGGUUCCCCACAGAGUUCAGAAAAAAGUGCUCCUAUCAAAAUUUCUCUGCCAAGUUCUGUCAGACAAGAAGAAAACUCAUUUCAAGCUUCUGGUGUUGGUGAUGAGUUGGAGCUUGAAAAACCCAAGGUAGAGAAAUCCAAGGAGUCAAAGAACAGUAAUAAAGAGGACAGAGAUGAAGCAGGGGAGCAGUACUCUAGGAGAAGUUCAAAGAGCUCAAGAAGAGAGGAUUCUGAUGAAGAAGAUUCAAAGAGUAAAUCGUCCUCUAGUUCUAGAAGUAAACAAUCAUCUCGUCGUUCGUCUUCCAGCACUAGCAAGAGGAAAUAGCUGACAGGAUCAGGCAUAAUAGACUUGACUUUGGGGCCUCUUGUUCAUUGGACCUAGAAAUUACCAGGCCCAAUAUUGUUCUUACUGGAUAUUUUGUAUACUGAGUUUUCAUUCAUUGGAUCAUCUUAUAAUUAUUACAGAAGAAUCAGUUUGUUUCCCUCUCUCAUUAUAAAGUUAAAUGAGACACUGGAAGGAUUUAUUUGAAAUGGAGAAAAGAAUCCAUGACUUUUCAGUUGAUGCAAGUUAAAAUAUGCAUUUGCCUUCCAACUGAAGCUUUAGACCUAAUGAAAAUAAUAAAUGUGAUUGUUUGUGUUGUAACUGGGGACGCUACUUGUGUAAAUAUUUUGUUUUGUGCUAAACAAUUGCCAAGCAUUUUGUCAUCUAUUUAGCCAUUGUGAGGGCCUGUAAAUCCACUAGUCACACACCAUUCAUGUUGUCUCCCCUGGAAGCUGUGACCUGUUUUCACUGAGUGUUCUGUCUACAAAUAAUGUUGUCAAAGUAAUCAAACAGUUCAUCUAUUUGGGUUUCAUUAAAAAACUAUGUUUUGAAUAUGUGAACAUUUUUUAAUUGAACUACAGCAGAUUUCAUGAGGAUUUUUGGUCACAAUUAAAUGAAACAAGACACCAGAAUGGAAAUCUUAAGUUUAGUAAUGUACAAAUGAUAUGAUUGUAUGUGAGUGCCUAAUGCAUAGAAUGAAGGAUUGAGCAUUCCAGUAGUAAAAACUCUGCUUAUACUGCUUGGCUGCUAAGUCUUGAGUUCAUGUCUUGGUGGAAACUUACAUUCUUACCUAACCUUGAAGAGCAUUCAGGUGUCAUGUGUCUGUGAAAUCAUUUUGUAAAUAGACAAUAAAAAGGGUAGGUCCUUGCAGCUCCCACAUGACACCAUUGCUAUCUGUUGGCCACAGUGUCAGCCUUAUGUGGGACCAAAACUUUAAUUUGUAGUUUCAUCUAUUAACUGCUACAGUAGAUUCUUGACUCAUCAGGAUGUUCCAAGACAAGAAAUGAGUUUUGUUCACGAUGGUUCAGUGCAUUUGUUAAAAAUUCUACCUUUUGAUUUUGUUUAGACAUUAUGUUGUAUACAUAUAAUAUGUCUUGUUCCAAAUCAGUGUAGUUUCACAAUACCAUUCACUGAAUAUGUCUGACAUUCUUCAUAAAGCCUACAUGUGCACUAAUACUCCUAUCUUGCAUCUUGAUGCUGAUCUAACAAGUGUUACAUUUGAAAGGAUGGUUAGUGAAAUGAUAGUUACACAAGGCAUUACUGUUAGUACACUUAACAUUGCAAGAGUACUUGCCAUGGUAUGGGGGGAGGGGGCAACUUAGGUGUUUGUUUGUACAAAAUAAUAUUUUGUCUAUUGACCCAACAGUUGUUGACUAAGUUGAUGCCAGUUAUGAAAUGUGUUAACUUCAUUAUCCUAUGACAGCCAGUAUGACUGAAUGUAUUGUCAAUGAUAACAGAAAGCAUGAUAGCAACUGACAAAAUGUAAAUACGAAGCAUGUCAAAGUGAAAGUUGGAACAAAAAAUGGCUACAUUCUGUUUGAUAAAAGUCUAUUCUGUUGCCCUACAUUAGCUCUGGCUUGAAGUCUCUGAAGUUAAAUGAUGAAGGGCAAAAGUGACUAGGCUGGAAGUUUAGUUUGAAAUGUACUAAAUAGUGGUGUAUGAAGGCUGUCUGCUACUGUCCAAUAUAUGCAGCCUUAUGCACUGGUUUGUCAACAACUGCAAGAGUUAGCACUUGUUUCAGAUGACAGUCAGUACUAGUGUAUCUGCACAAGUUGUUGACAUUUUGCACUGUCUAAUCAAACAUUUUUUGUUUCAUUUCUUUUCUAUUUUUUUUUUGUUAUUCAUUCAUUCAUUUCAGUUUUAAAACUCACAAAUUAUUGACAUUUUUUGUGUGUGCUGGUGGUGCUGGGAGGUGCUAUACAUUGGAUUUUUUAAAUUGUUUUUUUUUUCAUAUAAUGACAUUGAGGUUAUUCUUAGAAAGUACCUGGCUAAUUUUUAUGAAGUCUGGCAAUAAUUAGGUUGUCUUUAUUUGGUAGUAACAUAUUUUUGUUUGGCUAGUAGUAAUUAAAAAAGAGCUGUAAUGUAAAGGAGACAACUAUUUAAAAAAAAGUCCUUUGCUACUAGAUUAUUGGAUACUCCUAACACAUUGCAUUGGAAAGCUACAUCUCAAUCAGCUGUAGCAGGGUCCAUCAUUCGCAAACAGUUGACAAAAUGGCUCAUCUUGGUUCAUCAUUGAAGGUGAAAUAUAAAUUUUGUUUCCUAUUUUUGAAAGAAUUUUUUUUGCUUAUACAUACAAGUUUGUCAUUGUUUAAUUUUCAAAUUAUUCAACAAAUUUGUUUUAAUACAAUGAUUAAGUCAUAAUAAUUAUUAUAUAUGUUAUGGCAAUUCUAGGGUCAAUGAAAGAUGUUAUUAUAUAAUUUUUUUUCUUCUUGUGUGCCUCCUGUCCUUAAGAGUUGUCAAGAAAUGAGUUAGCAUUCUUCUGUAUACUGAAGUAACGUCUGUAUUAUAUAAGAUAAGAUACAUUCACCUAGUGUUUUGAGGCUGAUGUUUGGGACAGUGUCCAUGAAAGAAUGAAUAAACUGGAUCUGUACACUUGAAUUGAUUGGCUUUGACUUGUAUUUUCUACAUAAUCUUUAUCUUUGUUAAGGUGAUGCUGAAGGCAGUGUUUCUCUUCCUUUCUGGAGGGGGGGGGGGACUUGCCAAUGGACUUCAUUCACCAAUCGUAAACAAACAACAUUUUGCCACCUGGUUAUCUAUCUCUUCUAAACAAAUUACGCAAUCCAUAAAGGCUGUCACGUGAUACAUAAUUUUCAUUGUUUUAUCAAUAUUGUCACGUGAUUAAAUAUUUGUUUACGAUUGGUGAAUGAGGUCCAUUGGGCAAGUCCAACAACAGAAAUAUUGUUGAUGCUGGAUGGUAAACUUAAUGUGUC